AUGUCGUUGAAAAAAAUAUAUGGGUGGAACCGACGACCCCUGGUCCUCCAAUUCCUGCAUGAGCCGGGGGUUGCAAACAAGACGAGCAGGGGUUGUUUGCUUCUGCGCAGAUUCACCCACCCCCCGGUAAGGUACCGGCACCUGAGUUUAGCGGUUUCUCGAAUCGAGCGAUUAUCGGCGAGGUCGGGCAAAGGUGCCAAGAAGCGCUUGCUUGCUGCAAAUUCGCAAUUCUCACGCGGAGGGGGGGGGGGGCAUGGAUUCCACUUACGAAGUACAGCAUGCUCCAUUUCGGGUCCGACCCUCAAGGCUUGCUCCGGCAUACAAUUUCAAGCACAUGACCCGGGGGAUAUUUCCAAGGCACGCAAGGCAUCUGUUUCUCUGAAGCACGUUUAG